AUGGCGUCGAGGGAGGGGGGAGGAGGAGGAGGAGGAUCAGGGCGGCCGGCGCUGAAGGUUGGGCGGACGCAGGAGUACCGGAUGGGGAGGGAGACGCAGCUGCUCGCCGCCGAGGGCUCGCCGGUGAGCCUCUUCGUGCUGUGCGGCGACCGCUUCGAGGCCGCGCGGCUGUUCCGCUCCGGCGGCCUGGCGGUGCACAUGGCGCGCGUCGAGGCCCACCCGGUCUCCAUGGCCUCGUGCGCCGUCGGCGACCACCAGUGGAUGCUCGCCAGGGACGCCCUCGUGGCGCGCCUCGACGCCCGCGUCUUCGUCUUCGAGAUGCCCGGCUUCUUCUACGCCGUCGUCGUCCCGCCCGACGGCGACGGCGGCGGCGGCGCCGAGAGGAAGUGCGCCACCCUCGCCGAGAUCUUCUGCCGCUUCUGCUCCUACCACGACCUCUCCACGACACCGCAAGGCGAAGACGAAGCCGGCGCCCAUGGCCUGAACGAACACUCUAACCCGUGGGUGCGUGCCCACGCCAGGAUACAGCGCCUGAAGAGGAGUCCCGCCUCGCCGUCCGCCGGGCAGGCCACCGCCGAUUCGCCGGCCGAACGCGCCAGCGUCGUCGGGAUCGCUAGCCAGUUGGAGCGCGCCGUCCGCACGUCGGCGGUGGUCAAGCUGCUCAGCCGCUCCCUCCUCGCCGGCGCGCUCCAGCCCGUGCGGCACCUGACGAUCACCCUCGGCGCCGGCGCUGCUGGCGACAGCAGUACUGAUGCCGGGGCCAGCACCGGCGCCGCCGCUGCCUCCGCGUCGACGGCGCUGCCAACCAAGUCGGUCGUGUCCGACCUCCUGGAAGCCAUCGAGACGAGCCGCACGUCGCCGCGCCGGGAGGCGCGGAGGGCGGCGGACAGCGGCGGCGGCCUCGGGUGGUGGCGCCUCAACGUGGAGGGCGUAAUGCUUCUCCUCAGGGUCAUCCAGACGGUCAGGGGACGGAAGACGCCGGGGGCGCCGGACAUGGGCACGAAGAGGCCGCGCGACGAGGCCGCCGACGGCGGCCUGAGAGGCGGCGGCGCCGGCGCCGGCGCCGCGGCGAGGCGGUGGUGCGGCGGGAGGCCCAAGAAGCUGGGCAACACGGUGGGCCCAUGCGGAAGCUCCUGAGACACCGAUGUGGUUCAAAUUGAUGUUUCCAAAAGGGAACCAGAGAUUAUUAAUAGGUAAUUAAGCGGCUAAUUAGGUUAAUUAACAAGUUGAUUUGUACUGCUAGAUGAAUGAUCAGGUACUAAUGCUUGGUCAUAGUGUUCUUUUUUUUGCUUCUAAUAAUAUUCAUCAGUGUUUAAUUAUUUGUUCGUCUACUCACAAAGAUGGAACGGCCGCAGAAUUGGAUUAAUUAUGUCGAUGAUAGAGGCCGGCUAA